AUGUCGACCACAUUGCCUACAAUCCACGACGUGAUCAUCGUCGGUGCCGGACCGUGUGGACUUGCGGUCGCGGCACGAAUUCACGAGCAAACGCCCUCGGCAGUUUUCACAGACGAAGAGCACCAGAGAUAUCACUGGAUCAAAAAACAUACAAGCAAGAUGAAGCUCAUUCAAGCUGGUCGCUGUAAAAAGAACGGUGUCCGAGCUGAGAAGUGGAAUCGUGGAGAACAGCCGCCGUGUUCUUGCGAAGGUCCAGCAGCAGAUGCUCCCCCAUCACGGCGUCGAUCGUCUGGAUCAAUCUCCUCGGUACCUUCGCUGUCAUCAGACAGGUCCACCUUGCCUGAAAGCUCAACUUCUGUUCUCGUUCUCGACGGUACGAGUCAGCACUGGAUGCAGCGGUGGAACAACGCGUUCUGUACCUUGGAGAUUAAACAGUUGCGCAGCCCAAUGUUCUUUCACGUGGACCCCGGUGAUCGAGAUGGGAUGUUGGCUUAUACGCAAGAAGUUGGGCGAGAGAAUGACUUGUGGGAGAUUUCCGGUUGUGUUGGGAAGGAAAUGAGCAAGCAUAAAAAGAAGAAGAGACGUCAAAGUGGAAAGCCUCAAACUAUAGGUGUCGAAAUUGACGAGCGCGAUCGCAAAGAUUACUACUCGCCCUCAACCGAUCUCUUCGCCGAAUACUGUGAAUCCAUCAUCCGACGCUACGGUUUAGAUCAUCCAGAUCAGAUUCUCAAGUCCGAGGUGACCGACAUUGCAUACGACUAUCUCCCUGACAAUUUGGACAUCACGCAGUCUAGUUGCAAGAUUUUCACCUUAAUUACGUCGACCGGUGAGAAAGUUUACAGUCGGGCUGCUGUACUCGCCAUGGGUGCCGGUGGAGCAGGCAUUCAGAAAAUCUACCCAUGGAAGCCAUCAAACUCAGCUGAGGGCACCGAUGCCUGUUGCCACAGCAUGGAUAUCAAGACCUUUCCUAGUCCUCGCGUGCAAGCUAAGAUUCAACAUCGACAGGAAACACACAUUGUCAUUGUCGGUGGCGGACUCUCCUCCGCUCAGAUCCUCGACAUGGCUAUCAAGAAAGGCAUUACCAAAGUGUGGCUCCUGAUGCGAUCGGAAUUUAAAGUCAAACACUUUGAUAUCAGCUUGCCUUGGAUGGGAAAGUAUAAAAAUUGGGAGAAGGCGGCUUUUUGGUCAGCUGACACUGAUGAAGAACGUCUCGAGAUGAUCAUCAAUGCUCGCAAUGGCGGAAGCAUCACACCACGUUACACCAAGAUCGUGAAAGAGCAUGUUUCUCGUCAUCGAGCCUCCGUACACACUCACACAGAGAUCACAUCGCACUCCUUCAAUCCUGAUACACAACUGUGGACGCUCUCCACCGAUCCACCGAUCCCCAAUUUGCCGCCCGUUGACUAUGUCUACUUUGCGACAGGAGCUCGAUCCGAUAUCCGUGAAAUGCCGUUAUUAAGUAACAUGCACAAACAGUAUCCUAUAGAAACCAUCGGAGGUCUGCCCUGCCUGACGGAUGAUCUCAUGUGGCGUGAUGAUGUGCCAUUAUACAUUACAGGGCGACUAGGAGGGCUGCGACUCGGUCCCGGAGCUCCCAAUCUUGAAGGUGCCAGGCUUGGAGCGGAAAGGAUCGCCUGGAGCUUAGAAGAGGUCCUUGGCCAAGAUCGAGAAAUUGGAGACCGGUGCGAGGGGUUUUGUGGACUGGGAAACAGGUAUGCUUCGCUGAUCGGGAGUGCGGAGGGAGGAGACGAGAGAUAG